AUGGACCACAUGGAGGAUUCGAACCAGACUGGGAUGAUGAUUCGCUUCCACUUCCGCCCCUUCUCCAGACUCCCUGAGGUUCAGAUGCUGACUUUCGUGGCCUUCCUGACUGUGCACCUGGUCAGCGUUGGUGGCAGCGUCUCCAUUUUGCUCAUCGUCUGGACCCGCCGCUCUCUGCGCACCCCUAUGUACCUCUUCCUGGCCAGCUUGGCGGCUCUGGAGACCUGCUGCUCCUCCACCAUUGCCCCUCUGACGCUGGCCAGCACCCUGUCCCCGGGGAGAGCCCUCGUCUCCCCGGCUGGCUGCGGUGCCCAGAUGUUCUGCAUCUUCCUGGGCAGCGCUGACUGGAUCCUGCUGGCCGUCAUGGCCUAUGACAGGUUCGUGGCCAUCUGCCCCCCUCUGCGUUACAGCCUCAGGAUGAGCUGGCAGCGGUGUGCCCGACUGGCCCUGGGCUCCCUGGUGCUGGGGUUCAUCUUGGCCACGCAGCUGACUGUGCUCAUCUUCCGACUCCCCUUCUGCAGCAGCAAGGAGAUCAGCGUGUUCUACUGUGACGUCCUGCCCGUCAUGAGACUGGCCUGUGCGGACACCCGGGUCCACGAGGCCACGCUUUUCAUGGUGAGUGUCGCCGUCCUUGCCCUCCCCUUCCUGCUGAUCACCCUGUCCUAUGUCUUCAUCGAGGCCGCCAUCCUGAAGAUACGCUCUGCAGAGGGGAGGCGGAAGGCCUUCUCCACCCGCUCCUCCCACAUGACCGUGGUUCUGCUCCAGUAUGGAGGUACCAGCCUCAUCUACCUGUGCCCCAGCUCCAGCGACUCUCCAGAGAGGGGCCAAGUAGUGUCCAUGGUUUACACCUUCAUCACCCCUAUGCGGAACCCCCUGAUCUACAGUAUGAGGAAUCGAGAGCUUAAGCAUGCUUUGGAGAGAGCAGUGAUGAGGUUGCUGUCGUCCUAA